AUGUCGGCCGCCGCCAACUCUGCGUCCUACUGGCGCAUCGCCGGUAUGUCGUACCUCAAGUACUCCAGCAUGUGCGCUGAGGUUGUGCGAGGGUGCCUGAAGGAGCCCUUCCUGACCAAGGCGAAGCCCCGCGAGGCUGUGUACUUCAAGUCGGUCAAGUGGACCGACGGCAAGCCCGGGAAGCCCGUCGUCACCGAGGUGAUCCCCCCCGAGGUCACGAAAUAA